AGAGAAAACUCUGAAUCAGAGGAUUUAUUAAAGGGAAAAGAGCCUCAGCUGAAAGAAUGCCCAUGUUGGACAAUGAAAAAGCAGAGACAGAGGUAGGAGUGAGCGAAGGGCUGAACAAGCUGAGUGCCGACUGGAUAUUGAGGAUUUUGGCAAAGUCCUGUGCCAGCAGUGUUUCCAUGGACACAACAGAGCAAACAACAAAGUUCAUGGAGCAGAAGCUGAACUUACUGGAAGCUUGAUGAGAGGACGGACCUGCAAUCAGUGGAGCCAAAACACCAGGUUAUUAUUUAAGUUUAUCUUUGAGAAUUCACUCCUUUGUACAGCUAUUACAAUAGCAACUACUUAAAGGCCACACAAGUUUUGCUGUUUUUAGUGUAUCAGAAUACUUCUCAUUAACGAUUUUCCAAAUGUACUUAUGUGACUUGGUUAUCAAUUGGCUUUCUUGCAUUUGCGUUAGCCAAACUUGCUUGCAAGCUUACUCGUUAGUAAGGCUGUCAUAAAACAAAACAAAAGAAAAUUAAAUAAAGAUGAUUAUACUCAAUAGCUCCUUGGAUCCCAUUACAAAAAGAAAAAAGUCCCCGGCACACAAAAUUGUUGAUUUUUCUGGUUUAGAAAAAUUUACUGAACAUGCACCAACACAUUUGUAAUAAUCCUAAUAUCUGUGCACUAUUCCUAACACUUUUACUAGUACUAUCAGUACAUCCACACUUUUGACAGCCUUAGGUUUAGCUUAAAGGAUAGGUUCACAUUUUAUCAUGUCUGUCUAUGAACAACCACUACGAACAGAGGGAGUAAUUACAGUGACGAAAAAAUUGUUUGAAUGCACAUGCAGGCAUGUGAGUGUUGUUUUGAGACGGGCUUGAAACAAAGUGAACUUUUCCUUUUCUUUUGUUUGAAUGAUUUGUGAAAUGUGGUAGGAGGUGCAGGAGGGGACACAUGAUUAGGAGGUGGGGUAACCUGAUAGAUUCUCGUGCUCAACAACUUGCUACCAAGCUGUUGACAUGGUGAAUAAUGGAUGACGUUAUUUUGUGUGUGUGUGUGUGUAUCUUUUUUCUGCGUCUGUAUUUAUCUUUGCCAGUGUCCCUGUGUUUAUGAUGGACAUGACAUGACAAGUGUAGAGAAGAGAAGCAAAAUUUUUUUCUUUCAUGAACUUCCUGAAGUAAGUCUGACACCGUCAGUUCCUGUGCCGUAGGUAAAAUUCAUCUAGUGGGCACAGGCUAACCCAUGGAAGAUCACAUGACCCCAUCAGAGGCAACAGGUACUGGAAGCAGUACUGUUACUAUGGUAACAGAUCCACUGGCAACUGACCUGGGCCUGGACGUGUGGGUUCUUUGCAACGGAGUGAAGGUUGUGGAGCAGAAAGUUUCAACCCUCCAGUCUGAUAGCCAACUGUUGGGCAAGUGAGUGGCUGAGGGAGAGGGACUCCAGUGAAAUACACACACACACACACACACACACACACACACACACACACACACACCUGCUACUAUAUCCUCACUUUUGGCCAAGGUGAUAUCACAUAUCACAGGCUCCUGCACACUUGGUUGUGAGCAUGCUGUGGCUAACAUCUCUCCCUGCUGUGGGAGAUUUUAUUGGCUUAUUUUUGUCUUUUCUUGCAUUAGGAGUUUAAAACAGAAUGAAAUUUGUAGAUUUUUACAUUAAUUGAUGGAGGAUGUUAUUAAACCUUCCAGUGUUUUGUUAAUGUGCAAAUUUGUGUUGUGUUAGGUUCAGGGAGUGAGAGAAAUCAGAGAAGAACCUGCUGCUACAGGUAGCCUCUCGCUUCUACUUUCGCAGCAUGCAACACUCCCAGGGGCUGGACCAGAGACUCCACAUGCUCAGGGAGGAGGUCAGGACCAUGACCCAGGAGAAGGAGCGAAGUGAACAGGUUUGGAGGGAUCGACUGCAGCGCUGUCAGAGGCAGCUGAAGUCCAAAGAGGAGGAGAUGAGUCGUCAGUCCCAGUACUUCGAGAACUUUAAAACCCAACUGCAGCAUAAGCUCCGCCUGGCCCGGGACAGAGAGCAGAGCCUACAGAACCGGAUCUACUCUUUAGAAAAGCAGCUGCUGGACAUGACUGUGAACGCAGCCACCGGCAUGGCAGUGAUCAGUGCAGUCAGAAUCACUGAUGGGACGAUAACACAUUGGGAAGAACAAGAGAGGCUGCCUUCCAUGAGAGGGGAGGGUGAAGGAGAAGAGGAGAGAAAGGAGGAGAGGAGGAAGCAGUGGCAGCCAAGUGUGGAGCCGGCGAGAGAAGGAGCUCAAGAGGGUGAUGAGGGGAAGAUGGUGAAAGAGAUACAAGGGGGAAGAGUUAAAGAAACAGAACAGAACUCAAAUGAAGCCCGACUGCAAGGCUUUAUUCUGAGCCUGCAAGAGGAUCUCAGGGUGCUACUGGAGAGAGAGGAGGAUGGCAUGACAGAGCGGAGGGGACUGAUGGAGCAGCUCCAGGAGGCCCAGGAGAAGAGUCACUUCCUGGGCUGCAAGGUGGAGGAGACAAAGGCAAAAGUGGACCAGCUGAAACAGUCUGAAAGCUCUUUGUUGGAAGAGGUUGAAGAGCUGAGAGAGGAGAACCACAGACUACAGCAGAUCCUUGGGGAUGCAGCUGCUGGAACACCCAGUCAGUCCACAUGUCUGGGUCCUGUGACCAGCUUGCCCGGCUGCAAUCCUGCUGUUUGUCCUCUGCCUUCAAACAAUGUCUCACAAACCUCUGCCUUGGGACAUUCCUCAGUGGGGAGCUCUGGAGUGGUCAGUCUUACCUCAGAGGGAACAGGCCUGCCUUAUUCAUCUACAGUUCCACCUGAUUACCACCAGACUACAGCAGAGAGCACACAGAACAAAAAUGAGGAUCCCUUCUCAUCCGCCCGAUCAGAAACUCCACCUAAAAAUGGCCCUCUGACCUUCUUUCACCACUUUGGUCCCAAAUCCAAUCAGAGCUCCCAGUCAUUUUCCUUGACUACAGAGACUCUAGAUGAGUUUAAACUGGGAACCUGGUGCUCCAGAGGUAUCCUCAACCUGGAGGAACACCCCAGUGAGGAAUCUGAUGCCCUGAGGGAAGCCUACAGGAGCUUGGGGUUAGGGGCGGAUCUUGAAAAGCCAAAAGAACAACGUGACGGUCUGGAGGUGGCCCUGCAGCAGACACGGGAGCAGCUGCAGAUGAUAGCUCAAGAGAAUACUCGACUGAAAUUACAACUGAAAAAAGAGGUAGAGAAACAAGACACAGAGGCAGAGCAGGAAUCUUCAAGAGAAAGUAUUGACACACUUCCCACCAGUGAGCGAACUGAAGAUAACACCCUUGCUCUCACUCAGGAUGAUCUUGUCCAGGCCCUGAAUCAGGAGAACCAGGCCUUGGCCGACCGCAUCCAGGAGCUUCUGGCUCACAUUGAGGUCAGAGAGGAGGAGAUUAGGAGGGAAAAUACCCAGCUGCAAGGGCAUAUCUCCAAGUUAGAGGUGGAUGGAGUGAGGCUGGAGCAGGAGAACCAGGAACAAGGGUGUUUGAUUACAGAACUCACCAAGAAGACUGAGGAUGAUCUCAAUACAAUUAUGGAGCUGCAGCAAAAGUUAGCAGAGGGUGAACAGCAUGUGGGGGAAUCACAGGUUGAUAAAGAGCUGUGUGAAUAUACACAGAACAACUUAGAAGAAGGUGUGGACAGUUUGAAAAAUAUGCUUGAAGGAGAAGAACCACAGUUGAUGUCCGGUCAAGAAACAGAUGAUUCAACGUCAGUUUCAGUACCUGGUUCUCAAGAUGAAAACCACUAUGAUCCAUUGCAGAGCAACCUACAAAGCAUUCUAAAUGUUAGUUCAUUGACUGAUAAAGUGGGCAAGCUGACCAAGUCAGUCCAGGUCCUCAAAACGGAACAAGAAGACCUAUCAGGUAGCAUAAAUUCUCUUAGACAGCAGCAGAGAGAAGUGGCUUUGUCCAUCCAAACACAAACAGAAGUGAAGCAGCAGUUAACUCGUACAGUGUGGAGGCUGAAGGAGGAGAAAGACAGCAUCUCUCAGUCUCUGUCAGGUCUCAAACAGGAGAGAGAGCAGCUUACCAGGACAGUCUGUGGGCUGAAAGAUAAGAGAGACCAGUUAAUAAGGUCUACGAGUGGCCUGGAAGAGCAUUUAACUAAGUCUUUAUCUGGUCACGAAAGAGAAAAAGAGGAACUGUUAGAAUCUCUCUCAAGUGGAAAAGAAGAGAGAGAUCAAAUCAUGCGGACACUACAGUGUUUGCAGACAGAGGGUGGCCAGUUAAGCCAGGCAGUGCUGUCUUUGAAACAGGAGAAAGACACACUAACCAAUUCUAUUAAGUGUCUGAAGGAACAGAGAGACAAAGAACAAACAGUGUGCACUUUGCAAGAAGACUACGACAAGCUGAUAAAAUCAGUGAGCGGUUUGAGAGAAGAAAAAGAAAGAAUUGAACUUUCAGUUAAGUGUUUGCAAAAGGAAGAAGAGCAGAUAAAACUACUACUUCAGGGUCUAAUAGAAGAAAGAGACAAACAUGAAGCUGCUCAAUCUGGCCGAACCCAAAUGGAGGUGAGGAAUCAGAAGCAGCAUCUCCUGAAUCCAAAUAGUGCUGUUAUGACAAAGAAGACUGAAACUCCUGUUGGGACAGGAGAAGAUGCUACUCAAAGAUGUCUGACUAAUGACCACAGAGGAAAUGCUAUGCAGGAGCAAUGUGAUCUGAUGAGGGAGAUUGAAGCCUUGGGAGCAGAACUAAAGAGGUCACGGGAUGAACUGGGCCAGAGCCAUGUGGAUGCCAAGAGGCUUCGCAGUGAAUUGUGUCAAUCAGAAGCCAGUAGGGAGGAGGCAGAGAGAAAAGCUGCACAAGCAGCUGAUGAGGUGAUGAGGCUCACAGAUGUAGCCAAUCAGAUGGAAGAAACCAGAAAGGAAAAUGACAGCCUUAUAACCCAGGUGAAGGAGCUGCAGAAUAAAGUGACAAGCCUGGUCAGGGAGAAGUCUGACGUUCUGUUGCUAAAGGCACAAACAGAGGAGCAAUACAACAUCCUUACAGCUCAGCUCAAAGCUAAGACGGUGGCUCUGGAGGAACUAAACUCAGAGUAUAUCGCUUUAAAACGAGGGCAGGGCAGCAGGGAUGAUCUGAGCCCUCUUCUCAACUCACUCAGGACACGCUACAACGACAUGAGAGCAAAGUACGAUGCCCUCCUGAAAAAGAGAAGCCAGACGGAUCUAGAAAUGGCUCCUUUAAAGGCCAAGCUGUCUUGCCUGGUGGUGAAGUGUCAUGAGAGGAACACUGUGUUGGUUCAGAUGAUGAAGGCCAUGCGCACACGAGGCUGUGUGGACUCCACACUCACACAGCAGGUGGAGCAGCUGCUCGGUGAUGCCGCUCUGCAGGACUACACUGCAGCAUUCACAGCAGGGAGCAAGGCCCAGGAUUACAAUACUGGGUUUACUCCAGGCUUUAUCUCAAAAUUUCAAGACUACACCAACAGAUUCACACCUGAUCAAACAUGUUCUGCUGUUCCUCUGCACAUAAAUCAGCAGAACCAAAGCAGAUUCGCACCUGAAUCUGUAGCGACAUGUGGAGAACUAAAAAGUGAAGAACACACAUUUUUAGUAGCUACUGAAUCUACAUCAAAUCAAGACUGCAACGCUGAAGUCACACCUGCACCAGCAGGAACACUGAAGAAAAGUGUCAACUCACCUGUUUCUGCCUCUCCAGUACAAGAGCGUGCCAGCCCACGGUUUCCUGUCUCCAUCAGUGGAUCCUCACUGAGUCCUGCUCCUCCCUCAUCCAGCACUCAUGUCAGUCCGCGCAGGAGGCUGAGUAGUCCUGAGAAGAUCAUAAACCUACAUGAGCAACUGCAGAAGACUCUAAUGAGCAGCUAUCAGGCUCCAGCGAGCAGAGGAAGAGGACAGCAACCCAGAAAAAGCCUCUCUUUUUCAGAUCACAAAGACUUGGGACCCCCCUCUCAGACAACGAAGCAGAGCCUCGGUGUCAGCGUACCACAUACCAACUGUCUCCCAGUCACCGCUGCUUCGAGCCCAGCUAAGCAGACUCCAGCUGUGACAACCACACCUGUUUCCACUAACAAGUCAACAACACUUUUUAAUGCAGUCGCCUCAAGAUCUGCUGAUGUUACAUUCAGUCCCAGCAUGUUUACUAACCAUCACUGUAAAACAGACCUCUCUAAAACCGCCACACUGAGCAGAGCCAAGUCCACCUCAAGCGGUGGUGCUAAUAUAACAAUAUCCCCAGAGAAAAUCACUGCUACCCCUGACAUAUCGCAUGACAAACAUGCUGCCUCCACCCCUUUAACUCCGAGGGCCUCUACCUUUGACUCUGAUGUCUUAAUAUGUUCUGACACAAAUCCAAAAACCACUGCCUCGGACACAACUGCCCAAAACAUAUCGUCUGCCCUCGAGGCGAAUCAUUUUAACAUGCCUUCUAAAACCGAUGGUGCUGCCCCCGCACAUGAUGUAUGUGCUGCAUCAUACACUCAGUCUGCUCAAUACUCUCCUGAGAGGUCCUACAACUCUGCUGGAAAGUUGACUGCUGUUCGAGAAAAGACCAAGACUGCAAGACCCAAACCAGAAGCUCCAGCUGAGGUUCUCUCUGUUGAGGUCAUCAAAACAGUGGGCCAGAGCAGCCUCAUGAUUGGCUGGGAGAGGCCGACACUUGACGAGCUGGGCUGCAGUAACGGCACAUUUGUGUACGGAUACAGGGUGUUUGUAGAUGGGGACUUCCACAAAUCUGUCAUGAGCUCAGCGUGCACCAAGUGUAUUCUGGAAAAUGUGGACCUGAGUGUCCCAGUCCAGAUCAGUGUCCAAACGCUGGGCUCUAAUGGACUCACUUCAAACAGAGUCCACACCAUGUACAGGACUUCAGUCAGAACAGAGCACCACUGACUCACAGUGUCCUGACAACAGCAAACAUGAUGGUGCCAUAGAUCAACAAACAUCUAUAGCUGCAGUCCUUUGAGGGACCGUUCUAACCUCCACCUCAGCAGACAGCGAGGGUGUCACCGUCACACUGCUGGGUAACCCUCAGGCUCACGUUCAACCAAUCAGAAAAACUCAUCUCAUGUUGAGAUUACAAGCCUAUGAACACAUAGUGACCUGCGUCUGGCCUGCCAAACCUCAAAACGAUUAACGAAGAUGUCAAACAAAACGGCGUGUCAGAUUUCUGAGAGUUAAUCUGCGUGUAAAAACAGGUGAAAAUCAGCUUGAUACUUGUUGGAAGAACUCCCUGUCCUGUUCCUGGAAUCAUCUCUUGGCUAGAUGGAUAGCACAUUGCCGGUGUUUGCCAGAGUGGCUGCCAAGCAAACAAAUCCUGGCAAACUGAUAAAAAGUGUUACUUCAACGACAAACUAUAUGAAGCCAAGAUCAGCCACACUGUCAAAAGCUGCCUGUGACACCAACAUUCACUCACAUUGUUCAACUGGGACAAAACAUGUCGGAGGGACGUCUGCAUCUGCUGCACGUUUAAACACUGUGUUAAGCACUGAGAGAUCAUGUGUCAUAUGGCUUCAUCUGCCUCCCUGUGACACGAACAGCUGGAUUAAGGAACAUUCACUGUUUGAAAACUGUAUAAUGUGCCGACCCAACCUGUAACUCUGAGGUCUUCUUACUUGAGUUUUACACAUGAAGCCAAAUAUGAGAAAAGAUGAUUCACUCCAAAGACUUGUUCCUUCUCCUCAUAUGUCCAGGGGGUUACUUUAAACACAGAAGCCAGAUGUUAUUUAAGUUCUGAAAUUUGCACACCGUAAUUACUGAUAUCUAGAAGAUGACUUUUUUUAAAAAAAGGAAGAGAGAUUAUCACCAAUAUUUUUUUGAAGAGAAUAUUAUAAAAAUAUGCCAGUGUACCACAUAUUGUACAUUUUUUUGUGUCAUUUCUUUUCAGGCUUCGUAGAUGUUAUGUUUGCACACUUCUGUUUUUUUUUCUGCCGAUGUUCACAACACACGACAUGAUGUUCUUUUGCUAUUCACUGUAUGUAUGGAUGUGGAGUAAUCAUGGUGCAGCAAAGGUAUUUUUCUAUGAGUAAUUGAAAAUAUUGAUUUCUCAUCGAUUCCUCCAGACUGUGCAGAGAAUAAAUGUUUAUAUAAUAGUAA